AUGUCUACAAGGCUUACCCCACUGCAUUCCUCCCCGUCUCCAUCUUCGCCUCCGAUUUCGAGUUUGCGACCUAGAAAGAGGCACAGAGGUGAUUCAACAAACAACUCAAUCAUUGAGAUAUCAUCAACCGGGACCUCACCACAACAAUCUCGUAUAAGUAGCCUAUCACACCCACAAACGAUUAAUUUGCAAGACUUUAUCCUGGAAGAAAGGAGCCAUGAAGGCGGCGGCGCACACGAAAAUGGCGAAGACAACGAAACUGAUGUGAACGAUGACGAUAUUGAAAUAGUUGCCGUCAGCUCAACACAUCCAACUACACUGAGGUCUUUUAGAAAUACUGUAUCGACUCUGAUACCACUGGUUUCUUUAGAUAAUGACACGUUCCCAGAAUUUGUGAACAGUAUACCGUCUCAUAGACGAGAUUCCAGUCGAGGCAGUGUUGCACCCAAUGAACAUUUACAAAGAAGGAGACGAUUGAGAAUGAGAAGGAGAAGAAGCAAUUCCAAUAGAGAGAUAUUUGUUGACGAUGAUAUUGGAGACAAUGGAGAGAUAGUUUUUGACGACAACAACGAUGGAGAAUCCAAUAUUAAUGAUAACGAUGAGGACGAGGAUGGCAACGACAACAUUGAUGGGAGUGUAGUUGACUUAGUAAAUGACGACAACGAUGAGGACGACGAUCUACAAAUCACAGAAGUUAGACAAGUUGAGUAUCCCCAAAAUAAUCAGUCUUUUAUCCACACGCCUGUUGGACCAUACCAUUUUCAAGCAGAUGAGACAGCGGACCCCCUGGCAUGGGGUGCAUUUUAUAGGCAACAUGGACAACACGGGCAGCACGUCAGUGUUGCUAAUAACUCGAGAUCAAUGAGAAAUACUUCUCCUUAUUAUCUAUACAGCCAUUCUCACCAGCCUACGAAUACUCUAUCCGACCCAGAAACGUCUCGACUAUCUAUUCCAUUUGUGACAAACCAAAACCAAAACCAAAACCAAAACCAACAGCCACCAGCGGCAACGCUGCAAUCUCGACAACAGCAACGACAACAACAACAACAACAGUCAUCACUUUCUCGGCGACAUUUACAACGUUCGCACUCUCGAAGGCAACAUACCUUAACAGAUCCUGAUUACGUCCCGCAUAUUGUACAACCAGGUCAGGGACAGCCGCAGUUGCAACCGCAACCGCAACCUAAUGCGCGUCGCCAUUUUCAUUUACCAAGCCUACAAAGAUUUAGUGAGAUGGUUAUGGGUGACUAUAUCUCAGAUCGUAAUCGUUCUCGCCAUCGUAUGAUGAGAAGUGCAAAUGGAAGAAGGAUCCCGCAGAUAUAUAGAGAAUUUAUGUCACCGUCAUGGCCACAUUUGGCUCGAUUUGAACAUGAAUUGGGGCGCUAUGCAGAGUUUGAAAUGGGAUUUGGACUACAAGAUGAUAUGAGCGAAGCAGAACAAAGUAUUUUCCAAAGGAUCGAGGAAGAUAAUAACCGAAUUCUAGAUGAAAGAGUGCAAAGAGAAUCAGACUUUAAUAAAAAAUAUUUGAAAGAAAAACAAGAAGCAGUGCAAAACGAGCAACUGAAAGGUACACACACCAACACCAUCAAACCUAGUGAAACAUUUGUAUGUGAGCUUUGUGCUAUAGUGCUUGGUGAGGGAGCCCCAGACGAUUUCAAAAGCGACCCUAUAUACGACGAAAAUUUUUCAAUGUACGUGAAGCAGUAUAAAGCACAAGCCCCAUGGUUUUGCGUGCAUCCGUUUACCCAGGUGGAUAUAGACUUGAGCAAACGGGUUUUUGUUGCCAAAUGUGGUCACACAUUCUGUGGACGAUGUGUGAAGAAUAUCGGAAACAGGCCUUCAAGGGUAGCUAAAAAGGGCAACACCAAUGUACUAAGCGUAAAGAAUCCGGAUGCGUAUCAGCCCAGGGUAUGUCCAGCUACAGACUGUGGUAAAAAGUUUACUGCCAAAGCAUUUACUGAAAUAUACUUUUAA